UUUCUGUCACUGUCAGUGUGAAUUUCAAACAUCAAGUUUAAUACCACCGAUAUACUAUUGCUUAAUUUUCGCUGUUUUAUGUUUAUUAUGUAGGUUUUCUUAUUCAUUUCACAUAAUUAUUUUUAACAUCAUUAACUACUAGACAUAUAUCACGCAAUAGAAGUUAGUCGACGAUUUCAUUUUCUCAGAUAAAACCUCGAAGUAACUUUCGGCAUUAGUUGUGUUUCAUCGACAUGGCAGGGCAAGGGCAUCAGUUCCCUGGUAAUUUCCAGGGCAAUCCCGGAGCCAUGAGGACGGGAUACGGCGGUGGACCAAUGGGUGGCCAAAUUCCACAAAUGCCAAAUCAGUUAACAGGUGUUAUGGCAGGUCCAAUGGGCAAUGCAGGUAUGGUUGGCAUGGGCAAUCAAAUGGUACCACCUUAUGGUGCAGCAAUGCAAAACCAAAUGGGCAACAUGGCGAUGGGACCACAAGGUAUGGGAGUGGGUGGAGGUGUGGGGCCAGGUGCUGCUAUGGUACAACAAGUUGUACAACAACAAGCUAUGCAAACUGUACCUGUGGCAGCAGCUCCUCCAGCUCCCCCCUCAGCCCCGCCACAGCAGAACAAGGAUUUUAACACUGCUUCUUUGUGCAAGUUUGGACAAGAGACAGUUCAAGACAUAGUAAGUAGAACACAAGAUGUGUUUCAAACAUUGAAAGCUAUCCAGCCUCCGAACGGCACGCAGCACGGUGAGAACGCCAGCAACGAUAAGAAAGCUAAGGUGCAGGAACAACUUCGCACGAUACGUUUACUGUUCAAACGCCUAAGGUUGAUAUACGAGAAGUGUAAUGAAACUUGCCAGGUUGAGGGUAUGGAGUACACCCACAUGGAAAGUCUGAUACCUCUCAAAGAUGAAGCUGAUAAUAAAACAUUAGAUGAAAGACGAAACACUGAGACAUACAGACAAGUUUUAGAAGAAAAUAACAUACUUACUGAACAGGUGGUGUCAAAGAACAAACAACUGAAAGAGGUGAUCACAAACUUGAGGACAAUCAUCUGGGAGAUAAAUGUUAUGUUAACUAUGAGGAGGUCAUAGACUAGAUAUUGUCACAAAUUAUUUCUGCUCUUACAUUAUGUGUAUGUUUAUAUAAAUGUUAAAUUAUCAUAAAAGAUCAUCAAAAGAAAAAGCGAAUAUGUGUCUACUAAACUCGUGUGUGCUAAAAAGUAUAAUCUGUGAAACAAUACGUGUCCAAAGACACCUCACACGUCAAAAUCGGUUUAACCGUUUAUUUAGAGGUUACUAGCUGUCGCCCGCGACUUUGUCCGCGCGGGAUUAUAAAAUAGAUGUUGGCCGAUUCUCAGACCUACUC